AUGGCAACUGCUUUCCCCUCCUCACGCCACCUGGGAGAAGAUUCCAAAGAUGAUGUCACCCAAAAUAGACCACCACUCACCUCUCCACACAAAGCUGAAGAACUUAUUAAGGACAUUCUCAGGAAAAUCUCUGAACUAAAAAAGGAGAUACGUGACAAAUACAGCAAGUGUGGGAAAACACCUGUGUCACUAGAAGAAAACAACCUGAACCUUCCAACUAUGGCAGGAAAUGACAGCUGCUUUGAACUUGGGUUCAAUCAGGAAACUUGCCUGAUGAGAAGCACCACCAGUCUUUUAGAGUUUCAGAUCUACCUGAAGUACCUGAAGAAUUUUGCAGGUUAUAAGGAACAGGUUGAAGAUGUGCAGAUGGGCACCAAAACCCUGGUCCAGAUCCUGAAGCAAAAGAUAAAGAAUCCAAAUGAAGUAACCACCCUUGACCCAACCGCAAGUGCCAUCUGCUGA